UUUGCUUGGAAUUUAAUUACAAGAAUCGGUGGGUGGUAGGAAUCCGAAUACAAUGAUGUGAGAAUCAGAAAGAGGGCAGAAUCGGAAGUUCGAAAAGUUGCAUGAGGAACUCAGAAAUAGAAGCUAAGGCAAGACGACGCUUGGCGUGAUGGUGCAACCAUUUAUUACCAAACGUUGUCCUUCCCCAAAACCCACAAGCUCUUCUUCUCUCUCUCCCCCCAACUUUUGCUCAGCUAAAAAACAAAGUUGCUUCUGCAACGGAUGCUGUUCUUAUAGCAGGAAGUUUCAUUCAGCAACAAGUUAAGCUCCUUUAUAGCUUGAGGAGGAGGAGCUAGCUGGGUGCCGAGAGAGAGUUUAUGAUGGCGUAUAGUAACAAGAAACCGGGCGGCGGCGGCGGUGGUGCUGGUGGUGGUGGUAGUACUGGUUCAUAUGCAUGUUGGUCUUAUUCGUCUUACUCAGCAAUUUUGGUGCUUAUUGUUCCAUUGGUUGUGGUUUUCGGGUUGAUUUCGCUGUUGAGUCCGAAUUCCUCCAAUUGGGUUUUCAUAUCCAACUACUACUUAACCGGCCCUUCUUCGGAUACGAGUACCACUAACUCGUCGGAGAUCGGAGCUUCACACGACGACGUUUUGGGCUUGAGGUCGACGGUGGUUGUUAUGGAUAUGCACAGUAGUACUGUAGAGGAAGUUCACUCAGAUGAUUAUGUACAGAAUCGGUCUGCUUCUCCGCCGCUCGCCGUAGAAGAAGCGACACCACCACCACUUCAACAACCGAUUAUUAAUGGGACAAAGGACGAAGACCCCAUGAAUGAAACUCAUGCUUCUAUCAUGAAUAAUCCUGCUACAAGACAAAAGGAGUAUACUAGUUUAGGGCGGCUAGAGGGUCGUCUUCAAAGAGCUCGAGUGGCCAUAAGAGAGGCUCGAUUUGGAAAUAAAACACAUGAUGCAGAUUACAUUCCUAAUGGUCCAAUGUAUUGGAAUGCUAAUGCCUUUCACAGGAGCUACUUGGAAAUGGAGAAACGGUUUAAAGUCUUUGUAUAUGAAGAAGGGGAACCGCCACUGUUUCAUAAUGGCCCUUGCAAAAGUAUAUACUCUAUGGAGGGAAAUUUUAUACAUGAGAUUGAGGUGAAUAAGCAAUUUCGGACUAGAAAUCCUGAGGAAGCGCAUGUUUAUUUUCUUCCCUACAGUGUGACAAUGUUGGUUCGGUUCGUAUAUGUGCGUGACUCACAUGAUUUCAGCCCCAUCAGACAGACAGUAAGGGAUUAUGUCAAUAUUAUCUCCACCAAAUAUCCCUAUUGGAAUAGAAGCCUUGCAGCUGAUCACUUUACACUUGCUUGCCAUGAUUGGGGGCCAGAGACUUCAAAUUCAGAUCCUUAUCUGCGCAAAUAUUCAAUCCGUGGUCUAUGCAAUGCAAAUACCUCCGAAGGGUUUAACCCCUCUAAGGAUGUCUCCUUUCCAGAAAUCAAUCUUCAAACUGGUGACACACACGGCUUCCUUGGCGGGCCUUCUCCAAGGCUACGCUCGAUAUUAGCUUUCUUUGCUGGAGGAGUUCACGGUCCUAUUAGGCCUAUAUUGCUAGAGCAUUGGGAAAACAAAGAUGAGGAAUUGAGGGUGCAUCAGUACCUUCCAAAGGGUGUCAACUAUUAUGACAUGAUGAGAAAGAGUAAGUUCUGUCUUUGCCCAAGCGGGUACGAAGUUGCAAGCCCAAGGGUGGUUGAGGCAAUAUACACAGGGUGUGUUCCUGUCCUAAUUUCAGAUCAUUAUGUGCCACCUUUCGGUGAUGUUCUGAAUUGGAAGUCUUUCUCCAUUGAGGUUUCAGUGAGUGAUAUUCCUAACUUGAAGAACAUAUUGACGAGCAUAUCUACGAGACAAUAUCUAAGAAUGCAAAGGAGAGUGAUACAAGUCAGGAGACAUUUUGAGGUCAAUUCUCCUCCUAAACGAUUUGAUGUUUUCCAUAUGAUCCUACAUUCUAUUUGGCUAAGAAGACUCAAUGUUAGAGUACAUGAUGAUCAAUAAGUUCUUUUGUUUUCUUUUCUUUUGAUUAUUAGCCUGUUAGGUGAUGUAAUUCUUUUCUUCAAUUUCCUCUUGUGAAAGUGUCCGUGUGUAAUAAGCCUAGCAAGAAAUAAAUUGCUCCAAUUUUGCAA